CAGUUUAAAAUGAAAAGAAAAGAAAAAAAACCAUCAUCUAAAAAAUUAAUAAAAUUCUGUUGAAAGUGGCAAAUGCCAAAUGCUAUGAUACAAGAAAUGAAAUCUAUACAAUUGAAGGAGAAGGUAAUUCAGAGAAGCACAAGAAAAGCUCUGUCGCUCCUUAAAUAAUCUUUCCGUCUCUUACUUUAUGCAAGAUUUUUGGGUUUCAUCAAUUCACUGUUGAGUUUUUCAGCUUUACUAUUGCAUUGCUUCUGAUGCCCACGCAAUACAAAUCUAUGGUAUAACUGCCUUCAGCAUAACACACAUAUCCUGAUUUCUCUAUCGUCUCAGAACUCUGUUACAGCCAUCACUGCUGCAUACGAGGUGACAAACAAAGUGAUGGUGAAAGCAUACACGCAAGAGUACACAUACAAGCACCCAUGGGAGAGGGUGACUUCUGCAUCUUGGAAAAAAUUUGCUGAUCCUGAAAACAAACGCACUUUGUCACAUAUCCUUGAAGUUGACACUCUGAACCACAAGCUUGAUCCUAGUACUGGAAAGCUUUACACCACACGUGCAAUCACUGUCCAUUCCCCCGGACCAUGGUUUGUUCGCAAAAUUGUUCGCCAGGAUGUCUGCCACUGUGUUGAAUCAACGGUUGUGGAUGCGAAAACACGAUCAAUGCAACUCACCACCAACAAUAUCAGCCUUGAAAAGUUUAUAGAGGUGGAGGAGAAGAUCAGGUAUGAUCCCCACCCAGAAAACCCAGAUGGGUGGACAAUCUGCCGACAGGAGACUAGUAUCCGAAUCAAACCAUUAUCCGCAUUGGCAUCUAUGGCAGAAAAGGUUGAACAACGCUGUGCUGAGAGGUUUGUACAGAAUAGUGCAAAGGGUAGAGAGGUUAUGGAGAGGAUAUGCAAGUAUCUUGAAGCUGAAUCUAAAGGGCUUGCUAGAUCAUAGGGCAUGUGAACUCUUUCACAGUAGAAAUAAUAGAAGACUGAAAGAGUGUAGAACCUGGACUUUUAACCUUGAAUCUCUUGUUGGUUGAAAUUUUGAUGCGGUAAAAUGUACUGUUGGGAACAUUAAUUUCCCAUUAGAUUUAGUUUUCGCUAUGUGUAUCUAAUUUUCUAUUUUUAUUUCAACGAUUACAGUGACUUGGUGAUUUAUAUGGGGUGAACUUAUUUGCAAUCUUGGCUAUUGUAAGAAACAAGUUUACAGAAUCGUUGAGAACUUUUCUUGGAAUAUAUACUCGGAAAAUAAUUGACCAAAA